AUGGCUUUGAUUAGCAGGAAACGUCAAGGUGAAGAUGUGGAAGUGGAUGAUCUGAGGACGAAAAUGGCCAAAGCUUUCAUAGAUGGUGAAUCAGAUAAAGGUAAGAUGGAUAUUCUGAUCACGUAUCCGAAUAAUAUUGAUGUUCACACUCGACCAGUCGAUCACUCAUACACCUCGACCAACGAUGACAUGGACCUGGACCUGGAUACUACCGUUCAAGACAGAAGUUUCAAGGUCCAAUAUAUCUCGGCGUCAGACUAUUACUUCGACCCGUCAAAUAGGCGAGAAAUAGAUGAAGACGAAGAGGAAUAUUGGAAAUGCCGUCUUUCACCUUCACCCCGACUCGUGAAUUACCGAUACGAACUUUCCCAAGAUAAGUAUAACUCAAUCGAACCCGAUGAUCUAGAAUUUCUGAGUGUAUCAGAUCUGCAAGGUGAGAUGGAAGAUUGCCAUAAAAGAAGGGAGGUUGAAGCCAAUAGCAGAUCUCGUUAG